GGCCCGCGUAGACCCUGUCUGUCGGGGGCGCCGGCACCACCCGAGGCGCAAGCGAGUGAAGUGAAGAAAAAUGUCUCAAAAGCAGAUGAAGGAAGAUUUUGUCAGUAACCUUAAUGGAACCAGCGUGCUGGAAAUCACCAAGGGCUUGUGCUAUCCUCCACUCUGUAUCUUGGUCAGAGGGCUUCUGAUCAUUUUCUCACAGCACUUGUGUUCUUCUUCACAUACCUGGAGAACUCAAUUCUUUAUUGACUUUGUGUUCCUAAUAGUUCCCAUGGUGGCUAUUUUGACUGUUUUGCAUCCAUUUGUUGGCCUUGAUUAUCUCACUGUAAUUAUCUUUGGGGUCGGGUUGCUCUAUCAAAUAUACCAAAGGAGAACUUGCUAUGCCAGAGUACCUGUACAGAAAAUCCUUGAGAAAUUCUUGAAAACCAGCCUAGAAUCAGAAUACAUUCCAGCCAUCUCUUCUUUCCGUGUAGUAAACAGUGUAUUUACUGCUAUUGCCAUUUUGGCUGUGGACUUCCCACUUUUUCCCAGAAGAUUUGCCAAAACUGAGCUCUAUGGGACAGGAGCAAUGGAUUUUGGAGUAGGCGGCUUUAUUUUUGGGUCUGCAAUGGUUUGUCCAGAGGUAAAGAGGAGAAAAUAUAUGGAAGGAUCCAGAUUUUAUUGUUUUAAAAAGUCAUUGUACUCUGUUUGGCCGUUAGUUUUCCUAGGAAUAGGACGAUUAGUCAUUAUAAAAUCCAUAGGUUAUCAGGAACAUUUCACUGAGUAUGGAGUUCACUGGAACUUUUUCUUUACCAUAAUAGUUGUAAAAGUGGUAGCAUCACUGCUUUUGAUAAUUUUUCCUUUAAAUAAAUCCUGGAUUAUGGCCAUCAGCAUUACUGUAUUAUACCAGCUAGCCCUUGAUUUUACCCCGCUGAAAAGGUUAAUUUUGUAUGGCACUGAUGGCAGUGGCACAAGGGUUGGUUUAUUAAAUGCCAACCGAGAAGGAAUAAUCUCUACCUUGGGGUAUGUGGCAAUACACAUGGCUGGUGUGCAAACAGGGUCAUAUGUGCUUAAGAACAAAUCACAUAGUAAAGACUGGAUAAAAGUCAUGUGUUGUCUUCUACUGGUAGCUAUUAGCCUCUUUAUAUCUCUUUACAUAGUUCAAGUCAAUGUAGAAGCAGCAUCUCGAAGGAUGGCCAAUUUAGCCUUUUGUAUUUGGAUAAUUGCUUCUUGCCUGAUUCUUCUCAGUGGUUUAUUACUGGGCGAUAUAAUUUUGAGUUUUGCAAAAUUUCUAAUUGAAGGGGCUGUAGUACCAUGUUCUUGGAAACUUACCCAGUCACCUGCUACAAAUAGAAAACAUUCAGAAUCUCUAGUCCCUGAAGCUGAAAGAAAGGAACCCAGUGUUUGUUUAAUCACAGCUAUGAACAGACACCAGUUAAUUUUUUUCUUGCUGUCAAAUGUAACAACUGGCCUGAUCAACCUGAUGGUAGAUACAUUACACAGCAGUACCUUGUGGGCCUUGUUUCUGCUCUAUUUCUAUAUGUUUACCAACUGUUUAAUUACAUAUGUAGCACAUUUGCAAGAUGUGACUAUAAAAUUUUGGUGAUCAACAGGGACAGAUGUAUCUGUAUUUGAGCAAUGUUACUUUAAUGGGGAAAAAUAUUAAAUGUGAAG